AUGGUGACAUCCACGGAGAACGUGGCGCGGCGAAGAUACGCGCCCAAGAGCAAAGGAGGCUGCCAGACGUGCAGAUCUCGACACGUGCGGUGCGAUCAGCGCAGGCCUCGCUGUUCCGCCUGUAAGAAGAGCGGGCGUCAGUGCAGAUAUGCAACUGCGUCUUCGCAAGAAUCCCGCGACGAGCCGGCAAUAAGAGUCGUGCUGUGGGAGCCGGCACAGCCCAAGCUCACCGGUCAACGGCUGGCGCACACUCCCGGCCAGUCGCCCAAAGAAUACCGCGCCCUGAGGUACUUCCGAGACGUCGUGGCCGAGAGAUUGGCGGGCUACUUUGAUGCGAGUUUCUGGACGAGGCUGACGUUCCGGGUUGCUCAGACGGGCGUGGGCUCUUUGCGACGGGCGAUGAUUGCGCUGGCUUCGCAUUGGGAGAAUGUCGUGGUGCCUGGUAUGCACAAAAGGAGCACGGCGGACUGGGAAUGCGACCAGUUCGCCUUGCAGCAGUACACGCUUGCCGUCGCCGAGAUGCGGAGGUGCAUGGAGCACGAGGCGUCCAAGCCCUCCACGGUGGAGCUUUUGAUCAGCAAUCUGCUCUUCAUCUGUCUCGAGAUGUUUCAAAACCACUACGAGUCGGCGCUGCGCCAGCUCUCGAGUGGGCUUUACCUCUUUUGCGAGUGGCACGUCAAGCAUGGCGGGGAUGCACGGGCGCGAGAAACAGACAGCAGCCAUGAGACAGGCGACGAACUGGAAGUCCAACUCGGCCAUAUCUUCAAGAGGCUGAUGACGCAGUCUUUGUUGUUCCCCGUGCGCCGCAUGGACAGGAGGCUUUUGGUGCCCGAGUUGACACCGAAGCUGCCCAGCAAGGUUCCAGACACGUUCGAUACGCCCGACCAAGCAAGAGACUCUUUUAACGAUGGCAUGGGCUCAAUCAUCCACGGCGUGAAGAGCCGACACGCACCGAGCCCAGACCGAUGUGCAGACGCCAGCAACUUCCUCCAACAAUGGUCCGCAGCCUUUGCAGAAUUUCGCGCCAGAAGUGAUCGAAACCUCUCCGAGUUGGAGCGUCGCAACUGCGUUCUUCUGGAAAUGCAACGGCUGGCCGUCCAUGUCUGGGCGCUGGCGCCGUCCUUUGCCUCGGAGAUGCAGUUUGACGCUUGGCUGCCAGACUUCUCCAGGCUCGUGGAUAUGGGCUCGUAUCUGGUCGAAACGAAGCGUUUGACUGUGCCGGAGGGGCGUAUCCUCCAUUAUCCCAAAUUCGACACGGGAAUGAUCCUCCCCUUGUAUCUUGUGGCCAGCCGCUGUCGGCACCCGAAGCUCAGACGCCGGGCAGUCGACGUGCUCCACAAUGGCCCGAGACAGGAAGGCAUCUGGAACAGUGCUAUUCUAGCAAGCAUAGCCGAACGCAUCAUUGAAAUCGAGGAAAAGGGUUUGUCCAAAGUCAAUGACUGUAGCGAUGUCCCCGCAUCUGCUAGGAUCACGCUGGAAGACGCUGCCAUCUCCACGGCCGACCGAACAGUGGCCCUCAUUUUCACGCGUCAGAGUAUCGGAACAUGCCGAGAGGCUGAGAAGCUUCAUGAACUGAUCUCGUACACAUGCUGA